GUCCAAACGUUGGUUAGUAUGCUACACUGAUGAUGGAUUCCAAGACGAUGUGUGAUUUCAAAAGAUAAUCUCCAACAAGUUUGCAAAACGCUAAAUUGAAACAAUGGCAGAAGACGAGGGAGGAGGAUCGCGACCGCAUGGGAAAAAAGCAACACAACAGGACCACAUAGGCCUUUCAACUACCCCUAGUGCAAAAGUGACAAAGACAUUGUCUAGUGAUGUGAAGCUUAAAGAAUAUGUAUUGGAAGUUUCAGAUUCUACAAGCGAAGAAGACAUAGACGAUUGGCCAAGAUAUCAGUACGGGUACAGUUCAGAAGGAACUGAUGAACUGAUGUUGACGUUACCUUCUGGUGAUAUAGACAAAAUUAGAAGCCUAUUAGAGCAAGGUGCAGAUCCUAAUGAGACUGGAGCACUAUCCGAUGCAGCUCGUGGAGGACAUACCGACAUUGUUAAAAUAUUGUUGGACAAAGGAGCUGAUAGGAAUAUGACUGGAGCACUAUCCGAUGCAGCACGUGGAGGACAUACCGACAUUGUUAAAAUAUUGUUGGACAAAGGAGCUGAUAGGAAUAUGUCUGGUGCAUUGUCGGAUGCAGCACGUGAAGGCUAUACGGACAUGGCUAAGAUAUUGUUGGAUAAAGGAGCUGAUCCGAAUAAGUCUGGUGCAUUGUCCGAUGCAGCAUGUAGAAGCCAUACCGACAUCGUUAAGAUAUUGUUGGACAAAGGAGCUGAUCCGAAUAAGUCUGGUCCAUUGUCCGAUGCAGCAUAUAGAGGCGAUACCGACAUCGUUAAGUUAUUGUUGGACAAAGGUGCUGAUCCGAAUAAGUCUGGUGUAUUAUCCGAUGCAGCAUGUAGAGGCCAUACCAACAUCGUUAAGUUAUUGUUGGACAAAGGAGCUGAUCCGAAUAAGUCUAGUGCAUUGUCCGAUGCAGCAUGUAGAGGCCAUACCGACAUCGUUAAGUUACUGUUGGACAAAGGAGCUGAUCCGAAUAAGUCUCUUGCAUUGUCCAGAGCAGCACGUGAAGGCUAUGUCGACAUCGUUAAGAUAUUGUUGGAUAAAAGAGCUGAUCCGAAUCAGUCUUGUGCUUUGUCCGAUGCAGCACGCGGUGGCCAUACCGACAUCGUCAAAAUAUUGUUGGACAAAGGAGCUGAUCGGAAUAUGUCUGAUGCAUUUUCCAAUGCAGCACAUGGGGGCUAUAUCGACAUUGUCAAAAUAUUGUUGGACAAAGGAGCUGAUCGGAAUGAGUCUGGUGCAUUGUCCGAAGCAGCACGUGGAGGCCAUACCAACAUUGUUAAAAUAUUGUUGGACAAAAGAGCUGAUCGGAAUAUGUCAGGUGCAUUGUCCGGAGCGGCAUAUGCAGGCCAUACCGACAUCGUAAAGUUAUUGUUGGACAAAGGAGCUGAUCCGAAUAAGUCUAGUGCAUUGUCCGAUGCAGCACUUCGAGGCAAUACCUACAUCGUUGAGAUAUUGUUGGACAAAGGAGCUGAUCCGAAUGAGUCUAGUGCAUUGUCCAAUGCAGCACUUGGAGGCUAUACCGACAUCGUAAAGAUAUUGUUGGACAAAGAAGUUGAUCCGAAUGAGUAUCGUGCAUUGUACGAUGCAGUAGGUGGAGGCCAUACCGACAUCGUUAAGUUAUUGUUGGACAAAGGAGCUGAUCCGAAUAAGUAUCCUGCAUUGUCCAAUGCAGCACGUGGAGGCUAUACCGGCAUCUUUAAUAUAUUGUUGGACAAAGGAGCUGAUCCGAAUGAGUUUAGUGUAUUGUCCGAUGCAGCACGUGCAGGCUAUACUGUCAUCGUUAAGAAAUUGUUGGACAAAGGAGCUGAUCCGAAUAAGUAUCCUGCAUUGUCCGAUGCAGUACGUGGAUGCUAUACCGACAUCGUUAAGAUAUUGUUGGAUAAAGGAGCUGAUCCGAAUAAGUCUGGUGCAUUGUCAGAUGCAGCACGUCGUGGCCAAACCGAUAUCGUUCAGCUAUUGUUGGAAAAAGGAGCUGAUCCGAAUGAGUCUGGUGCAUUGUCAGAUGCAGCACGUCGUGGCCAAACCGAUAUCGUUCAGCUAUUGUUGGAAAAAGGAGCUGAUCCGAAUAAGUCUGGUGCUUUGCGGGUAGCAGCACAGGAAGGUCACACUGACAUCGUUAAGUUAUUGUUGGACAAAGGAGCAAAUCCGGAAGAGGGUCGAGCGAUGCAAGUUGCAAAACAAUACGGACGCAAAACAAUUGUUGAGAUCUUAAAGAAUUGGCAAGAUAAACAGAUUGGAUCGACUGGGUAUGAACUGACGCAAGAAACCGUUCCCUUGACGCUCGAUCCAAAAUGCAAAGCCAAAACAGAUCCUGAGUGGAUCGUAGAAAUCGCAAAGAAGCAAAACAUCGAGGACUUCAAAAUGUUGGAAAAGGAGUUCACUGCAAAUGAGAUCAACUCGUUUGGCGUACCUCAUAUUGUAGCUGUGUAUGGCUCCUCAGAAAUGAUCGAUUGCAUGAUGGAAUGGAAGGGAAUCGAAUGGAAUGAACAAUGUAAAAUAUCUGAGAACAUAUUUGGGGAGUCGUUAAUAGGAUUAGGAGUCAGCAAAGCCACAGCAUUAUAUGUAGCAACCUAUAUGGAUAAAACAGAUAUAGCACGCUCGUUGAUCAAAUGCGCUCGAGAAGACACCAUUAGAUACUGUUUUCAAAACCUUGACCUGAGUAUCCAAAUGGAAGAAGUCUUCAUGUUAAAUAUAGCCGAGAAAGUGAAACAGAAGCACUCUGAACUUAAGCCUGCAGUUAUUACAGGUCAUCGCGUUGAAGAUGAAAAACGCGAACGAGUGUUCAUUGUGUAUUCAAAACAUGUAGGUGAAGCUACCCAAUACCAACUUGAUGGUAUAGGUUUGGUCAUGAUCCGGAAUCCGUAUUUGUUUGCAAGAGAAAAUGGAUGUAACACAGAUGUACAGGUAAAAGUUUCGGAUGAAGAUUCCAAACGAGNCAGUUUCAGAUGA